AAUUCAUUUAUUACACAACAAUACACAAUAGUUCUGCCACACCUAUUUUUCGAUAGGAGAACUACGUACCAUCACUGGAAUCUAUCCAACUGCUGAACGUAGUUCUCAACACCAUAGUCACCAACCUAGAGGUUUAUUACUCCAGGCUCUAGUGAUCACAUUGCGUCGUUUUUGGAAUAAAAACUUGACGCCGUUUAUAUUGAAUCUAUAACAAAAAUCUGCAGCGGAAACUCAUUACAAGAUGAAUGCUUUUGGAAAGGUAACCAAAUUAGUCGUGGCUUCAUUGACUGUUGCCACCUACGUCGCUGCCUCCAAUGUUGAAGCCCCAAUGAAACCCGUUUGCUCUGCUUCCGUUCCAUCCACUACUCCAGUUAAGGAGGGUGCGAAGACGGAGAGCAACUUGAAGGGUGCUACAACUGAUAGUCCAAAGGAAGAGGAGAAAAAAACAGAGGUGAAGGCGUCAACUGGUGGUUUCAACUGGAGGGUUAGUGACAGAAUUGUAUCAUACUUAGGAGCAUCUAAAUUACCCAAGAAAUUCCAAAGUGUAUAUGAUGAUUUGCACAACAAUGGAGGUAUAACUAUUCCAGGUGAUCUUAUGAAUAAAAUCAAUGGGUUGUCAUCUGGUCCAUUGCCAGUAGAUAUCUUGGAAGAACUCUCUGAUAAAAUAGGUAGUGCAUUAUCUUCCAAGUACAAAGUUAGCUCGAACGACAUGAAAUCCUACGUCUUCAAUGCUCUUAGGUCACCAGGCAUACUAGAGGUAUAAGAUCGCAUUUCGGCUGCUUUCUAUUAUGGUAAUUGAAAUCAACCUUUUACAUUCAUAUUCCAAAAAUAUAAUUAGUUAUUGAUUAUCCAAAUCAAGACAUUCGAGAAACGUGCAAUAUAUAU